UGCUCCACUGAACUUCACUCUUCAGAGAGCCAGCCCCCAGCCUGUGGCUCGCAGUGCCUUUGCUGUCUCUACGGAAAGCAAGAUGGAGAUUCGGACCUGGACCCCAGGCUGCUUCUCAAAGGGCCUCCCGUUCUUAGCCUUGUUCCUGGCCCUUCAGUUGCCCCAAGGCUCCCAGGCAGCCCUCCACAUCCAGAGGAUUCCAGAGCAGCCUCAAAAGAACCAGGACCUUCUCCUGUCCCUUCAUGGUGUCCCUGGCACUGCCCAGGAAUUUGUCUGGUACCUGGGGGAGGAGGCUUCUGGGGGCACAAGGCUGUUCUCUUAUAUCCCUGAACUACCACGGCCCCAGAGGGAUGGCAGCGCCAUGGGACAGCGAGACAUUGUUGGCUUCCCGAAUGGUUCCAUGCUGCUUCGAGGUGCCCAACCUUCAGACAGCGGCACCUACUGGGUGGCAGCCACCAUGAACCCUGCCUGGACAAUGAAGGCCAAGAUUGACGUCCAGGUGGCUGAUGCACACGGGCUCUCCUCACACCUCUCUGUCAAUGCUGGGAUCACGGCAGCCAUCAUCAUUGGGAGUCUUGCUAUCGGGUCACUACUUGUAUGUGGCAUUGCCUACCUCCUGGUCACUCGAAGCCGGAAGGGCCGGAGCCCCAGGAAUCCAGCUACAGGGAAGCCAGAGGUGAACACGAGUCCUGAAUCUGGUGACAGCAACAUCUAUGAAGUGAUGCCGUCUCCAAUGUUCCUGGUGUCCCCUGUCAGUGACACAGAGUCAGGAAACCUACCCAUGAGGCUGCCUCCACCACCUCCACCAGCCUCUCAGGAGCCACAGCCAGAGAACCAGUACUAUCAGGACCUACUAAACCCCGACCCAGCCCCAUAUUGCAAGCUGGUGCCAACUUCCUGAUGGGCCCUGGGCCCAGUCUGCACAGAAGACAGAAUCUCAGCUUCCAGACUCUACCCCUCAGGGCCUCACACCUAUAGAAAGGACACACGUGACACCCACAGGAGACCGCUGUGGGGAAACUGGCAAGACAGGCUCUGC